UGAAACCCCCACCGGAAGCAGCCGAGCUCUGCGCUAGCUUGCCGCAGCAGUUGUGAUGUUAGCCUGUUUACCUGGACGCUCCGAGCUUGUUGCCCCUCUGCCCCGGUAAUAGCCUCCUGCCCCCCCCCCCUCAGGGAACCAUGGCCGAGCCGGCCUCGGGAUCCGCUCCGUCGCCGCAACAUGACGAAGUGCUGCAGCAGCGAGUUGCAGCUCUGGAGCAGGAGAGGGCCGAGUUCAUCAAACUCAAACAGCAGCUGGAGGCCGAGUUCAACCAGAAACGAGCCAAGUUUAAAGAACUCUACCUGACGAAGGAAGAGGAGAUGAAGAGGCAGACUGCGGCGCUGGAGGGGUCCCAGGCUGAGCUGAGCUCCGUCCAGAUCCAGCUGACACAGGCCCAGGCUGAGAUCGAGACCAUCAAAGCUGUGGCCACGGUGUCGGAAAACACCAAGCAGGAAGCCAUCGACCAGGUCCGCAGCCAGUGGCAGGAGGAGGUGGCCUCGCUGCAGGCCAUCAUGAAAGAAACCGUGUGUGAAUACGAGGUCCAGUUCCACCAGCGCUUGGAUCAGGAGCGAGCCCAGUGGAACCAGUACCGCGACGCCAUGGAGCGGGAAUUGGGAGACCUGAGACGCCGCCUCACCGAGGGCCAGGAGGAGGAAAACCUGGAGGACGAAAUGAAAAAAGCCCAGGAGGAUGCAGAGAAGCUGCGCUCGGUGGUGAUGCCCAUGGAGCAGGAGAUCGGAGCCCUGAAAGCCCGACUGACGACAGCCGAGGAGCGGGUGAAAGAACUGGAGGCCUCGAAGGUCAAAGAGCUCAAUCAUGUUCUCGAGGCUGAGAAGUCGUGUCGCACAGACCUGGAGAUGUAUGUGGCCGUUUUGAACACGCAGAAAUCUGUCCUGCAGGAAGACGCUGAGAAACUACGCAAAGAGCUGCAUGAUGUCUGUCACAAGCUGGAGUUGGAGCGGCAGCAGCACAAUCAGCUGAAACACACGUGGCAGAGAGCCAACGACCAGUUCCUGGAGUCCCAGCGCCUCCUCAUGAGGGACAUGCAGAGGAUAGAGAGCGUGCUGUCAUCUGAACAACUCCGCCAGGUGGAGGAGAUGAAGAAGAAGGACCAGGAGGAGGAUGAAAAGGAGAGGCUGAGCCAAGUGAACGAGCUGCAUGAGGAGGACGGGGGAGACAACACCGAGCCUCUGGAGGACUCAUUCCUCGGGCUGAGCGUCGAGGAGCCCCACGGCAACCACAGCGCUCACGGCUCGAUGCACUCUUUAGAUACUGACGUGGUGUUGGGGGGCCCCAUGGACCCCUACAAGGAAAACCUGCGGAGAGUUCAGUCGACGGACAGCCUCGGCUCCUCGCUGUCUGCCCAGCAGGGCCUCGGAGGCCAGAACCACAAGGCCAAGUCGGCCAGCCACUUGGAAGAAUCGGACUUUGGGCCCCUGGUGGGGGCCGACUGUGGCGUGACAGACAGUAGUUUUGGGGAAACUUCGUCCAUCAGCUCGAUCAAGCUGACGGCGAGCCACUUCUUGCUGACGAAAGACCAGGAGAAGGCCAUCAAAGCCAUGACGCCUGAGCAGGAGGAGACGGCAUCGCUGCUGUCGAGCAUCUCCCACACGGCCAACACCGCCUACUUACCGCCCGCAGGCUACCGACUGGUCAGCGACAGCGAGUGGAAUCUGCUGCAGCAAGAGGUGAAAAACGCUGGCAGGAAGCUCGGCCGACGUUGUGACAUGUGCUCGAACUACGAGAAGCAGCUACAGGCCAUCCAGGGACAAGAGGCCGAGACACGAGAUCAGGUGAAGAAACUGCAGGUGAUGCUGCGUCAGGCCAACGAUCAGCUGGAGAGGACGAUGACGGAGAAACAGACUUUGGAGGAUUCAGUCAAAUCAGGCAAUGAGGAAACAGCUACCAAGGUUUCCGCCCUAAUGCAAAGAGUCCAGGAGUCAGAGGCGCUGCUCGGCACACUACAACAAGCCUUCAGUGACGCUAAGAGGAACACACAGGAACAGAUGGCGGUGCUGGUGAAGUCGAGGGAGCAGGUGGCAGACGAACUAAGUCGACUACAGAGAGACAACGAGAGUCUGCAGGGAAAACACAGGCUGCACAUAGAGCUACAGCUACAGGAGGACUUCCAGAUGCCCAAUACUGUGCACGAGCUGCAAGGGCUGGUGCUGCGGUUGCGUGAGGACAUGGUGGCGUUGCGGACGUCGGCCGAUCACAUGGAGGAGAAGCUGAAAGCUGAGAUUCUGUUUCUGAAGGAGCAGAUCCAGGCAGAGCAGUGUCUGAAGGAGAACCUGGAGGACACGCUGCAGCUGGAGAUCGAGGGCUGUAAGGAGGAGAUAGCUUCUUUCUCCAGUUUGAAGACGGAGCUGGAGCGAAUCAAAGCUGAGAAGAAACAGUUGGAGAGAAGUCUGGCAGAGAAGACUGAGACACUGGGAAACCUCCAGGCUCUGAGGAUCAGUCUGGAGCAGCGGCUUAAAGAGCUGAACACUGCAAAGAGUGCACUAGAGACUCAGGCCUUCGACGAGAGAGACAAAGCUCAGCGGCUGCAGACGGAGCUGGACGUUAGUGAACAGGUUCAGAAGGACUUUGUCAAACUUUCUCAGACUCUUCAGGUACAGUUGGAGCGAAUACGACAGGCGGACUCCUUGGAUCGAAUCAGAGUCAUCCUCAACGACACCAACUUGACUGACAUCAACCAGCUUCCAGAGACAUGAUACCACUGAACUGAAAACUGCCCUCGGCUUCAUUCCCUCUUUUCUUCAUCACUGGCCCGAUAACAUUAUUGAUCUGACGCCUCCUUCCUCCCGCCCAUAACCCCCGUGGACGAGUUUGGAAGGACGAGGACGGACACGGCGUGAGGAGCUCAUGGCCUGUUUAUACAUUAUAAAGUCAUGGAACACACCGCGGAGAGAAUAAUGAAGAAGAACACUACUAAAAAAUGUAAAUAGCUAAAUGUGUGACUGUGGACGGAGGGAGAGGAAGUCCAUCUUUCUGUGGGUCUGUCUCGUUUCUACUGUAGAUCUGUCUGUAUUAGGCUCAACCAAAAAGGUUUAUCGUCUUCUAAAGCACUUUUCAUCUGCGCCAUCUUUUUCCAGGUAAAUAGAAAGCAAUUGGAUGCAUAGCUCUUCUCCUCCUGUUCGAUAAUCGCUUCCUCGUUCCACUCGCUUGUUCUUUCCGACCUUUUUUUUUUUCCUUUUCUGAAGCAUUUUCCACCUCGUUCUGGUGAAUUCACCCUAUCCAAAAAAAAUCAUGAUGAAGGAUGGAAAAUACUUGCACGUAACUUAAAUAGGAUAAAAAAAAAAAGGAACAUAACGCAAAAUGAGCAAUACCAUGAUUUUCUUUCUCAUCGUCCACCGUAUGUUGUUUUCCUAAAGCUGCUGAAAUAUACGAAACUAUUUAACCCGGCUGGUGAAAAGAAGAAAUAAGAAGAAUCAGAUGUCAACAUUCAAAUGUAAAUGAAAGAAACUGAUUUUAAUACAUCGACUUUACUCCUUUAAAUUAUUCAUAGAUUUUGUUUUAAGUUUGGUUUGAGUUUAAUCAUGAAAUUGUAAAGAGUGGGGGCUUUUAAAGUAAAAUGGAGGAUCACGCUGUAACGACGCUGAGCUGACACAAGGCGUUUCUGUGUCGCUCUGGGACAAUUCAGGAUGGGGGAGAGUUUCACAUGUUCAGUAUCUCUAUUGAUGUUUUCAGACUUUGUCUUUCACAUAUGAAGAAUGCAGCAGGAGAACGUGCGGCUCGGAUAACAACAGGAACAUUAAGGGGAGGGAUGGAGUUUGGGUUGAGCAGCAGGAGGAAGUCGUGUUCUUGUUUACAGCACAUCAACGGUGGCUUCGGCCACUUUGAAUCUCCUCGUCUUUCCAAAUUCACGUCUUCUACGUGUACGGCUCCUCUUUCUUUUUCAUCCUGAGAUAUUUGUAUGUUUCUGAACUUGUUCUUUGAAAUUGGCAGGAGAACUUUAGCUAAAUCGGACUUGGACCCGUCAUCAACCUUGUAAUCUCAACCUGAUGAACUUCACAAGAAUAGACGGAAGGUCAAAUCUUAUCCAUUAUCUAAACUUUCACUCUCAUGGCCAACCGCUGCGUCAAAGCGGUGGCAGUGAGCGACUUGCUGCUUUUGGAAAAGUUACAAACAUUCUACUCAACUGACAGAUUAACAGGAAGUUUUAAAAAUCUGUUUACUGACCAGGACUUUGUUUUAAAAAAAACAAAAAAAAAAAACCUUAACCUGAUUUAAAACUGACAACAGUGCAGCUCCUUCUUUAGUAACCCGUGUUAAAUUCAAGCAGUUUGAUUAAUUGUGGGAUCUAAACUGCAGCAAGGCAGGAAUACACAGGUGGCUUUCAUCAAGCAGCUCCACCGGGACCUUUGAGCUGUAAAACAGAGCUGCACAUUCCCCGAAAACCUUUUCAAAUAGAGCGAAUAAUUGUUUGAAUAUUGAUGGGAAGUCGUGUGAGUCUGAGGAUGUGGCUUCAUGUUGAAAUGGUUCAUUAUCAACUGCCACAUUUUAGUCUCCAGGCUUUUUGUCAAAAUUAGUCUCAGAAAAGCAUGUUGAGUUUUAAUUGAUUGAGAAAAUCUGACCACUGAGAGAAAAUCACCUCUGGAGCUGUUCCCUCCAACUGUUGUGAAACUCUGUACUUUCCUCGUGUGCAGUUUGAGAACAUACAUGAUUGUUGAUAAAAAAAAAAACAUUUUUUUCAAACUUUCAUGUAAGUGAGCCAUUCCCCAGGAGCUGGCAGUCACGGUGUGCUUUGAAUAAAGGCGGUGACUCAGUGCCCUGCUCUCGUUCUGACACACAAGACUGCGAAACACGGAUUUAUGGAAAAAACAAUGAGGCUGAAUGAAUUCUGUAAACAGCUGCGUUGUUUGAAUCUAGGACAUGUUCUUUGUUUUUCUUUGUUUACUUGCAUGUAUUACAUUUCCUUCUGUUGCAUAUGUCGAUACUGUAGAUAUCUGGAGUUGAUAUUUAUGAUAGAUCCAUGCAAUGUGUUAAUGAGACGUGUGGAUGUGUGGGCGAGCGAGCCUGACUUGCACUGAGAGAACACUGUAUGUUUUCAGCUUGUGUGGUUGUGGGCUGAUGGGACGUGUUCAGCCUCGUCAUGAAAACCGGUGAACUGAACUUAGAGUAUAAAUUUUAACAGUGUGAAGUCUGCACAUUUAUUUUUCUCCGAUGGCCUUAUUGCGUUGGCUUGGUGUGUUUUAAUUUUAUUCGUGACAUUUAUUGUCUUUUAAUUUAAUCUCGGUGACAGAAAGUCGCCAUCACUCGUGGCCCAUAUGUAUUAAUAUGGCGGUUCCUCUCCGGAGAGUCUUACCAGACGUUUACUAAUUCACUGUGGUCACGAUUAAACGUUGAUUUGUAUCGAUUCAUUUCUGAUCUAACAUCGCUGGACCUUUGCAGACUGUAUCCUCGUUCCCUGAAAAAUGAUUAGAGAUGUGAAAACAUUUGUGGUCAGAGACGAACAGUGUGAGGUCUGAAAGCUCACACUGUUCUUGGUUUUUAGCAUAAAAACAAAUUCAAAACAAAUAAAGCACAUUUGAAGCCCAA